AGCUCGGCCAAUUUUAAUUAAGUGUACUGACCACCAGGUGAUUAGUUUACUCUUCUGUACUUCUCGUCUGUCCCACAGAGAGACACUCCCUGUACCACAUCUACACUGUUCACUACAGUUCGUCACAAAACACCAAUAACAUCACCAAGGUCACUGCUGCAGUCCUAUUUGAUGAUGAACAGGUAGACUACUUCAGUGAUAGCAAUGACAGGGUCUCGGAGCAGACAGAAGAGUCCUGGAGGAAUAGAGCAACAAUGAGGAAAGAGCAUCAGAUGUUUUUGAAUGAAUUUGAAGGUUUUAUCCACCUCCUGGAACUCAAUUCUAAAGAUGAUCACCACUUUAUAAAGACACGUGGCUGUGAGGUUGAGAGGUCCUCUAGUGGAGAUGCGACCUUACUGAACACUACAGAUGAAUACAGACUCAACGGAAAGGUUGUCCUCUAUUUAGAUGUUGACAAAGAUCAGUGGAUGGUCCUGGACAAUGAGUUCCUUCCAGUUAAAGUAAUGUGGGAUAAUGAACCCCAUCGUAACCAAGUCACCAAGGAUUACCUGCAGCAAAGGUGUAUGGAUAGACUCCUCAGUUAUCUGAAUGAUAAUGAUAGUGACAGUAAUGAGAUGUCAGGUCUCCCCAACCUGGGUGAUUAUGAUGAUGAAAGUGAGGACAGUUGGAUGAGAAGCAUGCCCCUCUACAAUUAUAGUGAUUUUAAAAUCAUGUACUGUUUUUCCGAAGUACGCCAUGUGCGCCAAGUUCUCUCAACCAAAAUGUUCAGCCUGACCAUUUUUAUUAUUAUUAUUAUUGUGAUCAUUUUUGUGCUGCACAGAAGAAGGACUGUUACUACCGCUAAAUACCUGUUUACUACUGGAGUGAUAACUUGGGUUCUUUUAAGUUUUAAAAAGAUGAUAAAAGCUGCAAAACCUCCAGGUAAAGAAGCUUCCAGAGAGGAUUCGAAUGAUGUUAGAGAUCUGUGUUCAGUGAUGGUGAAUGAAGAUCAGGAUGGAGGAGAUGCAGAAGAACCUGAGACUGAGGAUGAGGAUGAUGAUGGUAAGAACCUGGACAGAUGGACUACAGGACUGACCACAGCUGGAGGACAGCUCAGCUCUAGAACCGCCUCUCUCCCUGCGUUUGCAUCAGAGAGAAGCGAGAGCUCUGACCUCACAUCCACACCAGCACUCAGAGAAGAAGGAGAUCCCCUCAAUCUUAAAGUCACAGCUCAGCAAAACAUCUGAUUUACCCCAUUGGUCCAGAUGUAGCUGAUCAGUUAAGACAUGUUUGGUGUCUGAACGUUGCUACUUUAGUUUUAGCUGAAGCAUUUUCUAAGGAAUUCAUUCAAUAACUACAAUAUAUAAUGUAAAAAUAUGUUACAUGAUUGUGUUUUAAGCUCCAAAAGUUAGUAUUUAAACUAGAGCUGUAUAGUAUUAAACUCUGUGUGAAAUUACGUACUGUUAACUUGGCACUAAAAUCACACUGUAAAACCCAUAGAGACUAAAUCCAACUUACUGGAUAUAGUGUGUGGCAUGCGCCCGUCCCCUGGGUCCCGAUGAUGGCCACGAGAGCUGGCAGGAAAGCAGGGCCCGAACUCCAAGUGAGGAUGGAGACCCACGAGGGGGAGAACAGCGAGUGUGUGGGGGACGGCCCAUGACUCCCGAGCCCCGCCUCCUGGUGCCGCCUCCGGUCCCACCCCGGUUGCCUUACGUUUGCAUACCAUGCCCCCAAGCUCCCCUUCAAACGUGCCGCAUAUGGCAGAUGCCAAAAUAUCUAUAAUUUAAAGAACUGUAAAAGAAAGCAUUACCAAUUUGUCGGCAUCAAUUCAUCUGAAAUUGCAUUAUAUAUUUUGUU